GCGGCGAAAGCCCCUCAAACCCUCGCACCCCCACCGAGCAGCAGCAGCAGCAGCAGCGGCGCCGGCGCGACGAGAUGGCCGACGACCCCACCGCCGCCGCCGGGGACCGCGUCGAGGACGUCGUCGUCCGCGCCGAGGGAGACACGCUUCCGCGUGAUGAUGGCUCGUCAAAAUCCAAGGACAGGGACAAAGAUAGAGAAAAGGACAAGGACAGGGAUCGUCGCAGGGACCGUGACAGAGACCGAGGGAGAGACAGGGAUCGGGAUAGGGACAAGGACAGGGAUCGAGACAGAGACAGAGAUCGGGAUCGCCAAAGUAGGCAUCACCGUGAAAGAAGGGAACAGAGAGACCGUCCGGAUGAUCACAGAGGCCGUGAUUCUGAAAGGAGAAGAGAUCGUGAUAGAGAUGGGCACCGCAGGCAUCGCUCUCGCUCACGGUCUCGUUCAAGGGGCAGAGAUCGGAGAUCACGUUCAAGAAGCAAGAGAGUUAGUGGAUUUGAUGCACCACCCCCACAAGCAAUGGGUUCAGCAUUUCCAGUUAUUCCAACGCCAAGCAACCAUGUAUGGUAACAAGGCAAUCUUGGGUCACUUGCCCCACUGCUGCCAGUGGAAUGAGCUGCCUACUGUAGCUUUAAUGUACGGAGGAGGAAUCAGUUCGCCGGUUUGAUAUCGUCCUGUUCAUCUCCAAGUAGCUAGUACUAUGGUUGCUAGCUUCAUGAUUAAUAAAAUAUUUAUAUCUGUCCUUGCACAUAUGUUACUAAUUCUUUGACAUGGAAUACUGUAUAGCUGGUUCUGUAUCUCAAGGUUUUUUAGAAGCAAAUACAUUAGUUGCUAAUUGAUUAUGCCUCCUACUAGAAAUUUAUUGAUUUCUUGCAGGCCAGUUACCGGGUUCUUCUCUUCCCAGCAUUGGUGGCAUGUUUCCAAACAUGCUACCUUUUGGUGUUGCUGGGCAGUUCAACCCCCUUGUCAUCCAGCCACAAGCAAUGACUCAACAGGCUACUCGUCACGCUCGGCGUGUUUAUGUCGGUGGGCUCCCUCCCUCUGCUAACGAACAGACAGUGGCAGUUUACUUCAAUCAAGUCAUGGCUGCUAUUGGAGGAAACACUGCUGGUCCAGGUGAUGCUGUUCUUAAUGUCUACAUAAAUCAUGACAAGAAAUUUGCUUUUGUGGAAAUGAGAUCUGUUGAGGAAGCAAGCAAUGCUAUGGCCCUGGAUGGCAUUUUGUUUGAAGGGGCGCCAGUGAAGGUUAGAAGGCCAACAGAUUAUAACCCUUCCCUGGCAGCUGCCCUGGGCCCAAGCCAGCCAAGCCCCAAUCUGAAUCUUGCUGCCGUUGGCCUAACAGCAGGAUCUGCUGGGGGUUUAGAAGGUCCAGACCGUAUUUUUGUGGGUGGCCUUCCCUAUUACUUCACUGAAGCGCAAGUUAGGGAGUUGCUUGAGUCAUUCGGACCUCUCCGAGGAUUUGAUCUUGUGAAGGAUAGGGAAACUGGUAACUCAAAGGGCUAUGCAUUCUGUGUGUACCAGGAUCUCACUGUCACUGACAUUGCUUGUGCUGCUCUAAAUGGUAUCAAGAUGGGAGACAAAACCCUUACUGUCAGACGAGCAAACCAGGGGGGAUCUCAGCCCAGACCAGAGCAGGAAAAUAUCCUAUUGCAGGCACAGCAACAGGUGCAACUACAGAAACUUGUGUAUCAAGUUGGAGCGUUCCCUACAAAGGUUGUUUGCCUCACCCAGGUUGUAAGUGCUGAUGAAUUGAAAGAUGAUGAAGAGUAUGAGGACAUUAUGGAAGACAUGAGGCUAGAAGCAGGCAAAUAUGGUAAUUUGGUGAAAGUUGUCAUCCCACGUCCUGACCCCAGUGGCCAGCCAGUCGCUGGAGUUGGAAAGGUGUUCUUGGAAUAUGCAGAUAUCGAUGGCGCUACCAAAGCAAAGACGGCAUUGCAUGGAAGGAAAUUCGGUGGGAACCCAGUUGUUGCGGUCUGCUAUGCGGAGGACAAGUUUGCCAAUGGGGAAUACGACGGAUAAAUAUUACACCUCAACCUAUAUCUGUAGUCACUACUAGUUAGUCCUUUUGCUACUUGUUUGUUUAAUCGCAACAUAGAUGAACGGUUUCUCAUAUCAGCCAAACCUGGCUUUGAAUGAACAUUGUAAGAAUAGAUGGUGAAAAGUAGGUCGAAUCGUCAGCCUCCAGCUUUAUAUGUUUGGGUUCGCUUGUUAUGUAUCUGGUUUUCCUAUUACUGUUUCUGUCAGAGUUUCUUGGUGAUACCUGUAUGGUCAGCUUGCUGGCUUUCCCAGCGGAUCAGUAUGGGAUAUUAUUGCAAAAGGCUAAAUAGUGCAUUCUUAAGGUGUUUUGGAUAA